AUGAACUCAUUUGAAAGCUUGGAGCAGGCUGACAUCAGCACUUCUAGGACCAGACCUGUUUUGUCUCUAAUUUCAGAUCUUCCAGAUGCUGUCCUCCGGAAUGAACUGUCUCGGCGAAGUAAUUCCCAGGCAUCGAGCGAUGGCACCACAACAUGUGGCUCAAGAGAACAAGGCGCAUAUGAUACCUCGACCCAUGUUUUUGCACUAUUCCUUAUCCUGAUAUUGAGUACUUUAGCCUGUUCCUUCCCCGUGAUUGCUCGUCGAUUUCCGCGACUACCGAUUCCACGCCGUUUUCUUUUCCUUUCUAGGCACUUUGGGACAGGGGUACUGAUUGCCACAGCCUUUGUCCAUCUGUUGCCUACAGCAUUUGUUUCGCUAACCGACCCCUGCCUCCCUCGCUUCUGGAGCGAAACGUAUCGUGCCAUGGCAGGGUUUAUAGCCAUGAUUUCUGUAUUUGUUGUUGUUCUUGUGGAAAUGUUUUUUGCUCUUAAAGGAGCAGGCCAUGUUCACGGGAGUGAAUAUGACCAACUCAUCAGUGAUGUUGGCGCGGACUUUAGAAGUGACGACCGGGAUGAAAUUGGCUACGGAAAUGUUCUAGGUGAUGAUCCGCUUGACAGCAUUGAGAUGAAUAUUGGUGUGCAUGCAGAAUCACAGCAUUCUAUUUCACCCGCACGUACAUCUACAGAUGGAUCUACUACUCCGCAUGGAAAAGACCAGACCACACCCCUAGGAAAUUGCGAUGUGGAAUAUGGAAGGUCAAGCUCACCUGAAACUGCCCAUGUUGAUGCGCAAAAAGGGCAUCAGGACGAACAUUGGCAUACAUGCGACCAUGCGUCUCACGCUGCGACGCGUCAACGAUCGGACAUUGAGUCUAGACAGAAUCCACAGCGUCAGUUGCUCCAGUGUCUUUUACUUGAGGCAGGCAUUCUGUUUCACAGUAUUUUCAUCGGAAUGGCUCUUAGUGUUGCCACUGGAACAUCAUUUAUUGUCCUUCUUGUGGCAAUUUGUUUCCACCAGACCUUUGAGGGAUUUGCUCUGGGGUCUCGAAUCGCGUCUCUGAUUCCGGAUUUGUUUUCCCCGUCGUCAUUCAGACCAUGGUUCAUGGCACUUGCUUAUGGCACUACCACUCCCAUCGGCCAAGCCAUUGGUCUUAUUCUCCAUAAUCUUUAUGAUCCAGCUAGCACAACAGGCCUACUUACGGUUGGGAUUACCAACGCGAUCAGCAGCGGACUUUUGCUAUUUGCAGGGCUUGUAGAGCUUCUUGCAGAAGACUUCCUCAGUGAAACAAGCUAUGCAACACUCAGGGGGAAAAGGCGCACGGAGGCCUGUAUGGCUGUUGCAGGGGGUGCACUACUAAUGGCAUUCGUCGGUGCGUUCGCUUAA